UAUCAAUGUUAGCUGCAAACAAGUAGAUUUUAUAGAAUGGGGAGUGAUGGAGAAACAACCUAAUCAAGUUACACCAUCUCUCCCCUCUUCUAAUAAUAACUUCAAGGAAGAACCCUUGAAAUCAUCAUCAAAAUCACCUCUUCUAGCUUCUUCUACUCCUCCUGGUGGUGGUGGUGGUGGUGGUGCUCCUGCUGGUGGUGUUGAUAGAUUGAAAAGAGAUGAAUGGAGUGAAGGAGCUGUUGGAAGUCUUCUCGACGCCUACGAAUCGAAAUGGGUUCUUCGAAAUCGCGCUAAACUUAAGGGUCAAGAUUGGGAAGAUGUUGCUCGACAUGUUUCAGAAAGAGCUAAUUCAACUAAAACUCCAAAGACACAAACACAGUGUAAGAACAAGAUUGAGUCCAUGAAGAAACGAUAUAGAUCGGAGUCUGCCACUGUUGAAAUUUCUUCAUGGCCUCUUUACCAUCGUCUUGAUCUUUUACUCCGUGGUGGUAGUGGUACUCAUCAUCAAACUCCUCUUUCACCUCCAAAUCAUCAUCCUCCUCCUCUUGUACUACUUGAUCAUCAACUUCCACCGCCGCCACCGUCUCCGGCACCGGCACCACCUGCACCACCACCUCAUCCUCCUCCUCCACCUCUUGGUAUUCAACAAGACUCUCAUGAAUCCAAUGGAGUUGAACCAGGGUCCAAGGAAGAUGAGGUUGGAGUUAAGUUACUGGAGCAUGGAUCAGAUAAAACUCCCAUGGAAAUGGAUAGUAGUACACCACCAAUCUCUGAUGGGGAAAGGGAGAAGAUGAAAUCAAAGAAAAUGAAGAUGAGAAUGAAAAGGAAGAAAAGAAGAAUGAGAGGAGAUUGGGAAGUGGCCCAAAGUGUUAGGUGGUUGGCUGAGGUAGUAGUGAGGUCUGAGCAGGCAAGGAUGGAAACAAUGAAAGAAUUAGAGAGAAUGAGAGCUGAAGUUGAAGCCAAGAAGGGAGAGAUGGAUCUGAAGAGAACAGAGAUUAUUGCAAAUACCCAAUUGCAGAUUGCAAGGCUUCUAGCUGGUGAUGUCAAAGGCAUUGAUUCUUCAUUGAGGAUUGGAAGGAAUUGACUACCAUGCCAUUAGUGGUUGAGUUGGUUUUAAUUAAUUACUGCAUCUGGUCUGUAUGUAAAAUAAAAAUAUUGUUACCAUCACCUUAUAUUUUUAUGUUUUGACUGGCU